AUGGCUAUGAACUAUUUGCAAAGUGUUCCCAAACUGAAAGGGAGGGACAAUUACGAUGAGUGGAGUUUCGCGGCAGAAAACUUGUUAGUGCUAGAGGGCAUGAUUCACUACAUCAAGCCAGCUGUGCCCGGCGCAGAUAUCAAGAUUGCAGACGACGAAAGGACUAAGGCAAAGCUAAUUUUAACCAUCGAUUCAGGACUAUAUGUUCAUAUCAAGGAAACAAAAACCUCGUUGGAACUGUGGACAAAACUGAAAAACAUGUUCGCCGACUCCGGUUUGAUAGUAGCAUAA